CGUCAGUGUCGCGUUCGCGUCCGCCGUGCGCGUUUGUGUCGUUUUUGUCGAUCCGUGUGGUGCGCCGUUGUUGCGAAGUCGCGUCCCGUUCGGAGAUUUAAAUAUUUAAUGGCAAGCGGUAUUACCUGAUAACAAUUUGUCGCUGCGAUUUACGUGGGUUGUGCCUCAUUGUGCRGACGGUAUCGUGAGUUCCGGAACGACCGAUCGCGCGUGCGAUGUGACUGCGUGGCCGAAGGAUUUUUUGAGGAAAACAACAAAAACCGAGAUCGCUCGCGAGUUUUGGCGGAACUUUCCAUGGACCGGAUUUGCCGUAGCAGUUGUCGCUGUCACACGCCAGGCAGAUUGAGCACCAGUCAUUAAUAUUGUCAUCGAUGGUGCAUUGUAUACGGCAGGUAUCAUAGUAUACAAUAUUGUAUCGUAUGAUUAUAACGUACGUACAGCAAUGACGGAACCGGCAGACUUCUGAAUCACCCGAACCGCAGAACGCUCGUGGUGGAUUAUUAUCAUAUACAUCGCUGGAAUCAAGUGGAUAAUCGAUAAAGCUGAUAAUACUACACCCCCGAAGGAAGAAGCGGACGCGAAAUGAUGGACGACGAGAUCCAAGAGACGGUUGAGUCGAUCCUGGGCAAGGGUGCGGUGGUGGUGGACUGCGAGAAAAAGUCGAGCGUCAAGGAGGAGGAGGUGCUGUUGGUCAACGGGUGUCCGGUGUCGUUGGACGGCGACGACGGAGCGGCCAUCAAGCGGGCGCUGCUGCGCGGCGACGUGCCAGACUGCGACCUGCUCAACCAGAUACUGGUCCGGGCGGGUAUACUGCGGGCGCCCGUCCAUCUGGAGACGAACCUCAGCGUCAAGUCGACGGUGGUCACCCGGGAGGAAGUGACCGUGGCCAGGGCUGGCCGGGUGGUGGACGAGCGGUCGCGCGAGACCAAAGAGGAYAAUUACUACACGAGCGCCACGUCUGAAGUUUGGGAACCGGUGACCGUGUUCAACGGCCCGCCGGACGCCGCGAAGAAGCGGACCGCCGCCACUGAGGUGACGGCGGACCCAAAAAUUACACCUACGCCGCCGCCGCCGCCGGCCGCCAAGUACAAGGAGACGGUGACCACUAGCAGUAAGCGUACUGAAGACGGCGUAGACUGUGGUGCAGAGCGGUCACCCGAUGAUUUUGUGCACACAGCCCACGUGACAGACGGUGACAGCCUGGCCAACGGCAUACGUGUCAUCAAGUUGAACGGCAUACACGAUCCCAGAGGUGAUUAUGAAAUGCCUGUCAUGGCCACUGCCGGAUCUUCAGACGACCAAUCGUCGUAUGGAGGUUCCCCGUCACCAGAUAUAAUGUUAAAAGAAGGAAAUCUCCGACGGAGUCGACCGCAGACAAGCGUGCACGACGGUUGCRCCACUCUCAACGGCGGGCUGGGACGACACUCGUCUUCCGCAUCGUCGUCCGGCGGCGUACACUCUGACACGGCUGUCGAGACGGACAACACUCUUGUCUACAGAGACGGUAUUUUGUUGUCCGGCCCGUUGUCCAGUCUGAUCCAGCAUUUGGUACCCACCACUGACUAUUACCCGGACCAAGCGUACCUAUUCGCGUUCAUUCUCAGCUCACGGCUGUUUGUGAAGCCCCACGAGCUGCUCGCCAAAGUCGUGGCCGUGUGUCAUGCACAGCAAAGGCUCGGAGAUCAAGUUUCGGCCGCCCUAAACCCUCAACACAAGGAUCAGCUGUCGCGGUUCGUGCCACGGUUGGUGCAACUGUUGGCCGAGUGGACGGACAAGUUUCCGUACGACUUCCGUGACGAACGGGUCAUGGCGCACGUCAGGGAGAUCACGCAUCAGUGCGUGUCCGUCGAACCGGCAGUCCGGCACCAGGUCUCCGCGAUGCUUCAGACGCUGUUGCACCGGCUCACGGCCCUCGACAAGUACGAGACUUUCCUGCAGCAGACGGGCACCGACACCACAGUCGGAUCCGCUGAUGCUCUGUCACCGACGGAUACAAUGGAAGUGUGUUCCAGCGCGUCUUUGCUGGGACAACAACUCACUCUCGUCGAGCUGGAAAGGCUGUCGUUUAUCGGACCUGAAGAGUUUGUUCAGGCAUUCGCCAAGGACAGUCCGCACAUUGAUUCGUCUUUCAAAGACAUGAAGAAAACCAAAAAUCUCGAGUCAUACGUUCAUUGGUUCAACCGGCUCAGCUACCUAGUAGCCUCCGAAAUAUGCAAGCAUUCAAAAAAAAAGCAGCGCGUCAAGACCAUUGAGUUCUGGAUCGAGACAGCUCGAGAGUGCUUCAACGUGGGGAACUUCAAUUCACUUAUGGCCAUCAUUGCAGGGCUAAACAUGUCGCCGAUAAGCAGGCUCAAAAAGACGUGGCACAAGGUUCAACARUCUGCCAAGUUUACCAUACUAGAACAGUACAUGGACCCGUCGUCAAAUUUCAGCAGCUACCGGUCAACGCUUAAGGCGGCCCUGUGGAGAAGCGCUGGUGCCACUGAUCAGCGACAGAGGGUCGUCAUACCGUUCUUUUCGUUGCUCGUCAAAGACAUUUACUUCCUGAACGAAGGGUGUCGAAACAGGCUUGACAAUGGCCACAUAAAUUUUGAAAAGUUUUGGCAACUGGCCAAACAGGUGACGGAGUUCAUUACUUGGAAACAGACGGCUUGCCCGUACGAGAAGAACGCCAAUCUGGUGCUAUUCCUCCUCACCACUCCAGUGCUCAACGAGAAAGCGCUCACAUUAUUGUCAUUUGAACGCGAACCGCCAGACAACAGCGUGGAAAAAGAACACUACAAAACCCUCAAGACUGCAUCGUAAUGUGCUGUAUUCUCAAUUGUUGGAUACACUUCCGGACUUUUAUUUUCCACUUCUUCUAAAGUCUACUUUAUUUUUUAUUUUUCAAAGCACAAAAAGGUGUAUAUGUUUUUUUUAAGUUUUAUCUUAGCAUUGACAUUUAUUAUAAUUAUUAUUAUUGCACUAAAGGCUUCCAUAUUAGUGUUGCAUUUUGAGACAAUGUAUAUUAUGUAUUUUUACGAAAAGAGUAAAAAGUUAAAGAAAAAUAAUUAUUGUGUAAAAUUGAAUAGGUUGUAUUUUUAUAUGUACUUAAGCCGAUUAUAUUUUAUCGAUCGUGCGAUUUCAUUGUCCGUAUGAUUUCCAUUUCAUAUUAAGUUUAAAUAUUGUCAGUAUUAUUUCCAAACACACUAACAAGUUCCUCCUAAUCAAUUUGAUUUAAUUUAAUUUAUCUAUAAUGAUUGUACGAUGAUUAUUAUCAUCAUGUAUUUUAUUUAUUUAUUUAUUUUAUUUUAUUUUGUAUAGUACAAACGUAUUAUGAA